AUGAGAGAACUCCAGACAUUGCUCAUCUCUUGCCUUAAGCAAGAAAGAAUCUCUGGCAGUAUGUUCAGAGUCCUAGGUAAGGUGGUGAACCACGUUGUGUGUGAGAUGUUCAAACACCAAGAUAUCGCAUGGGACGGUCUACGCGAUUAUAUUGUAUCACAAAGCAAAACAAAGUUUCAGAGAGCGGUUUAUAUCUUCCAGUGCUUAACAACGCCGCUUGAGGAUGACGAGUUUGUGAUUCAUGUGAUGGAGAAUCUUCUCCCAGAGAUAAGAAUAAGGCUAAACCCACCAAGAGACUUGUUGGUAGAUAACAGUUGCUGGGUUUUGGCGUUUACUGGUGCAUUCUGUGCGACCAUACACUUGAGAGAAUUUCCAAGCCAAGCUGAAUCCGUUAAGGAGAUUGCAAAUAAGAUGAUAGAUUCUGUGAGAGAGCUUGUGGAAAUAGGAAUUGAAGUUGGGCUUGUGAGGAGAGCUUUCAGAGAUCUUGAAAACAUUGUCAAGAACCUAAACAAAUGGAAUGGUACGGGAAGUUAG